ACGCUGGUAAUAAACAAGGUUGGCAUCACGCUUGUUAAAAUCUAAUAUCAAUUUAUUAAUUUAAAUUUGUAAAGAACAUCAAACGGCUAAAUAUUUUUUAAUCUUAUUUAGAUAAGACCGACCCCGAUCAUAUAAAUAAUUUAGAAACAAUUUCGUUUUCUUUAGUUUGUGAAUGUUAGUUUUAAAAUAUUAAAAAAGUCAGUUUAAGCGGGUGAAAAAAAACGCGCGUUGGAAAUGUUUCAAUAACUUCAGAACAUUCAAAAAAUUGUAUUUAUGUGACGUGCUGGUUUAGUUAUUGUGAAAAAUCAAUACAUCAUUGUUCUUUUCUGUAUGUGAGUGCUUAAGACUGUGUAGGAAGUUUGUUAAACAAAAGUACUUUGUUAACGCUAGCUCACGCGCACAGGAUACCACAAUUGGCAGGGGAGGUCUGCAUCACCUAACACAAAGCGUCUGUUUUUUACCGUUCUACAAACUAAACGCAGGCAAUUUUGCAUUAUUAACUGAAGGCAAAAGCUAUAACUCCUUGCAAACAGUGUCGAGUUCACCCACGACUACAACUGUAAACAUUGGACGUAGCCUCAAACUGUAUACAGUCUCUUAUUUUACCUGUAUUGUGCUUGGAAUCGCUUGUGAUUUAUAUACAUAUGCGAAAAAAGGAAUUAAUUUGGGUACAUAGCACAAAUUACACAACUGCAAAGCUUGGCGAGUUGAGGUCAAACAAAAUGAGCGCAAUCACUCAGGAAUUUUGCGUACGCUGGAACAGCCAUCUUGGUAGUAUUGGCGCUGCUUUUCCACAGCUAUUAGCCGGUCAGAGAUUUGUGGAUGUAACACUAGCCUGUGAAGGUCACCAGUUGCAUUGUCACCGUCUAGUGCUGGCCGCAUGCUCUACAUACUUUGAAGCCAUAUUGGCGGAAAAUCCCUGUAAGCAUCCCGUUAUAAUUUUACCAGGAGAGAUCAAGCUCUGGGAGAUUCAGGCGCUUGUAGAUUUUAUGUAUAAGGGAGAGGUAAAUGUCACGCAGGCCGGUCUGGGCCAGUUGCUUCGAUGUGCCGAACAGCUUCGAAUACGCGGUCUAUACGGGUCAGAGGCGGCAAUAAACUACAAUCAACUUCAACAGAUAAGAAAGGAAGCUGUCAAGGACGUAGCCCCAGUCAUCAGGAGACUUAACAAUAUAGACGUGAUUGAAAAGGAAGAUGUAGCUACAAACUUAACCGCCUCAAUAUCUACUACGACCACGCCAGCACAGACUGCCCUAGAGCACCAUCAACAACAAAAACUAGUACUGCAGCAACAGCAGCAGAAGGAACAGCAUCAGCGUCAGCAGGCAAAUGGUAGUAAUAUCCUGCACCUACAGAGACCACAUCAGAAGCAACCACAACAGCUUUUAAACACCGCCUCCUCAGCAACCGCUUCCAACAACUCAAAUGUACCGACCGAAGACGAAUCCGCGGAUGAUGCUUUUAAUAACUGGAACGCAUAUAAUGAUCAUUGCGAUGACUUAAGCGUAUCCGCAACAGAUGAAAAAAACAAAACACAGAUGUUGCUCCUCCAGACAAGGUCCCAACAGCACCUAAAGCAUCAGCCACAUAAUUUUGACUCCACCAUCGAAGACGAUCACAACUAUGUAGCUGCUCACGAUGAUGACAAUGAAAGCAGCGUAGCCCGUAUUGCAAGCAGCGGGAGUGGCCUUCCCCAAAUUUUCGACGCAGAUACUCCUGGCAACAUAUCGGUAGGCCUCAUGCAUAGCUCAAUCGAUAGCUACACCUCAUAUAAGCGUGUUCGACGUUCGGAGGCCUCUUUAGCACAAGCGGCUAAAUGCGUUUCAAAGGGCGAGACAUUCCAAACAGUCAGCAAUAUGUUCAAUAUACCCGUCUCAACCAUUCGUUUCUAUAUGGCACGAAAAGGCAUUCUUCCGAAGCGAAAACGCGGACGUGGAGCCUCUCAUGCGGGAAAUUUAUUUACAACAGCGAACGCAAGUACGCUUUUGACUCCAAAUUCUGGCACAGCUCAUCACCUGUCUCAAAAUACACCUUUAGAUACCGUACUAAAGAGCGGCAAUAAAAACGCAAGCGGAAGCAAUAGUCCAGCGGCGGUAACGGCAACUUCUAAUUUACCGUCCCUAGAAAUUGGCACAACAGCGGCUGGUGUGCCUUUCCAUAUCCUUAGCGAUGCGUCGACUUUCAAACUGAGCGAGCAGCACCAAUUACAUAUGAUCUAACCAUGCUGCUUACCUUUCUUUAGCCUGACAUUAAUGCAUAUUUGAAUUGAGAAUGAGGUUUUGCAGACGCUUUGUUUUGUGCUAUAUGUCAGGUUGAUGGUAUGGAAAACAUAAGAUUUGUAUGACUUCUGAUAAAGAAAACGAAUGCCUAUGAGUUUUUUUUGGCUUCUUAUAUUCCUCAUACAACAAAACGCACGCCAUGUUGAAGAUAGCCAUGUGGUAAACACAGCAAAAUUUCAUUCAAGAACAUCAAUUUUUUUUUAAUAAAAUAUUUUUCUCAUCCAGGAAUAUAAAUUAUUGAAUGUGUUUAAAAAACAACAUACGCUAAUCUCAUUAUACAUUGCUAUUAAGGCUUACCAGCUGCUUCCUGAAUUUAAAUGUUUCUAGUGUUAGCAUUCAGUUGCGCUCUGGUUGAAGUGAAUAAUAAUAAAGACUUAUUUUUUAGUUAGUGCAUUUACAAUGACGACUACUUCUUGAAUUUUCAUAUUAUAUGCACUCAUCUUCUAUUGUCUACUGUUAUUCAUUUUAUGUCUGUCUUCGUUUCAUAACUUGAUUAUACCACACUCAUGAGUUAACUGAUGAUAUGUAUGUAUAUGGUUAUACUCAUAAUUCUUACCAUUUCAUGAAUUAUUCAAUUUUGAUAUUAAUAUUUUUGUGCAAUAUGUCAUGAAGUGGAUAUUAAUAUCAAGCUCAUGAGAAAAACAGCGAGCAAACUAAACUAAACGAACUCCAUUAAAAUUUAUUUAAGGGUAUUUACAAGAGUAUUUACAAACACAAAAAACUUCAUUUAUAUAAGUUAUUUUGUUAAUCUUAAAUUCGGAAAAUUAAAUUAGUUACAAAUUAAUCUAAAAUGUAAUUAUGUAAAUGUCUUAUGUAUAACUUUAUAAAACACUUAAACUAGUUAAGUGCUCAUCAGGUAUAGUUUUUUGUUUUUAAAAAAUUUGAAUUAAAUAAAUUCCGGUUUUUAUAAAAUACAAAAGUGGUAUUUCUUAUAUUUAUCUACAGAACCUUAAUGUCAGAAUGCUUGCCAUGUUAAAUUUUUUGCAAUUAAAUACAAUUUUGUUCGGAAAAAAAUGUAAAAAAUGUUGAAGUACAAACAGCAUAAGAAAGCUAACAAAAAAGUUUUUUUUAUAAGAAAAAAAAAAAAACAAAUAGUAAAGAACAAAUUUAUGCGCGAAGUUUAUUUUUAAUAUAAGAUAAAUACUUUGAAUACCUUAAAUGACAAAAUUGAUAAACAAUGAAACACGGAAACUUUUGUAAAUUCACAGGAAAAAAAUUAAAGGGUAUUACGCUUAUUUUGCAUACAAACCACCACCUAGUUACAAAAAUAUGAAAACAGUUGUUCUUUAAAACAAACCGAAUACUCAUUAAAAUAGUUUAAUAAUCA